AUGUCAUCUGGAAAACGUAGCGGCUCAAUUUCUGGAGAGGAAGAGAGAUACGCAGUGAUGGACGAGAAGAAACGGAGGAGAAUGAUAUCGAAUCGCGAAUCAGCGAGGCGGUCAAGGAUGAAGAGAGAACAGCACAUGAAGGAUCUCAAUGACCGUAUCAUGAAUGGAACUAUAAAACGCAACGGGUUCAUUCAGAAAAUCAAUGAAGUCUCGGAACAAUUUGCGGUGGUUGAAUCUGAGAACAUGAUUUUGAGAGCUCAGCGUGAAGAACUGAGACAAAGGUUGGAGAUUGCUGAGAUGGUUACAGGGUAUGUGUGUGAGUCAAGUGGCAAUGCAAUGGACAUUCCUCCUCAGGCUCAGGGUCAGGACUUUUGGCUUAGACCAUGGCAGCCUCAUGUCCAGGGCCUGCCCAUGAUGACCUCUGCUGGAAUUUCCCCGUUUUGA